AUGGAUCCAUCAGAAGAAGAUGAGGCCAACGAUGAACAGCCGGAGGCGGCCGUGUCUCUCAAAGCUUGUUUCAGCCAAGGUCUGAAGCAUCUGCAUCACCGGCCGGAACUCUGCGAUGCCACUUUGAUCGCCGGAGGGAAGAGGUUCCCUUGCAACAGGGCCCUCUUGGCCUCCAUCAGCCCCUACUUCCAGGCUGUCUUCACAAGCGGCUUCAAGGAGUCCCAGGAUGGGGAGGUCCUUCUGGAGGACAUGGACCCCUCCGUCCUCCAGAAUCUCUUGGGCUACCUCUACUCAGGGGAGCUGGUGUUCAGUCCUGGAAGCGCUGAGGAUCUCUUCAUUGCGGCCAGUCGGCUCCAGCUCAGCCCAGCGCUGAUGCUCAUCAGCAGAUUCCUGAUGGAGAGGAUCUCCCCGGAGAACUGCCUUCGCCUUUACAUGCUGGGCCACGAUCACAACCACCCCGCCCUGCUGCACGGGGCGCUGCGCUACCUGGCUCUCCACUUUGGCCUUCUCUUUGAACACCGGGACUUCCUGAAGCUCGACCUGAGGGCCCUGACCUGCAUCCUCUCCUCGGACCACCUGGUGGUGGCCUCAGAGAUGGAGAUCUUCCAGGCCGCGCAGCGAUGGGUGAGGGCUGAGCCCAGCAAGCGCCUUCCGGAGCUGAAGAUGCUGCUCGGGUGCGUUCGCUUCACCCUCCUGUCUCAGGAGGAGGUUGCCCAGGUGCAGGCGGAGGCAGAACUGCUGGGUCAGCAGCUGGAGGUCCGGUGGCAGGACCUGGAUGGGGCAGGGAGGCUGCAGGUGAACGGAGGGCUCCGCCGGGGCAUGUACCAGGAGAAGAUCGUCUGCAUCAAAGUGCCCCGUCUGAGGGACAUCCUCUCGGUCAGCGAAGACAUGGACUGCUACAUGGAGUGCCUGAAUCCGACCAGCGGAUCCAGGACAAAGCUUCCAGCCUUGGAACUGGUGUCCCUCCCCGGCUGCUCCGUGCUGGACCAGAGGCUCUAUAUCUCUGGAGGGAAACACGCUGAUGGCUCCUAUUCCUCUGCGCUGCACGAGUACAACUCUCUGGCCGACCGCUGGACCCAGCUCCCUGCCAUGUCAACGCCCCGCUCCGUCCACAUGUUCUUAACCUGCAAGCAGAAGCUUUUCGCCCUGAGCGGCUGGAACGAUGCCGGUCCCCUGGCCUCGGCGGAGAGCUUUGAUGUGGCCCAGCAGCUGUGGGCCUCCAUCGCCAGCCUGCCCAUUGUCCUGCGCUUCUCCGCCUCCGCGCCGUACAAAAACAAGCUCUACUUAAUAGGGGGCGACGCUGACUCUGAUGAAGUGGUCUACAAGGGCCUCCUUAUCUACGACACCCACCUGGAUACCUGGGCGCAGGUGCCACUCGAGUUUAGUCUCCAUGGGGCAGCCGCUGUCACCAUGGAGGCCGGGAUCUGUGUCAUCGGAGGCUUCUUUUCCAGGAAGGUCACCCAACCGUACCCCAACCGGAGGUUCAGCCAACUUCUUCCUUGCACCGCGAAAUGUUUCUUCAUGCAGGAAGAUGGCAUCAUAAGCAGAGAGGUGGCCAUCCCUUCCCUGCCCUUGCCCCUUGCGUUUGCUGGCGCCACUUCCUUCCAAGGGAGGAUUUACGUGAUUGGCGGCGUCUGCACCUCCAGAACCCACGACGCCAUCUACCACUGGCAACCCGGCGAAGCCGCCUGGACCCAGUACCCAGAGAACCUCACCAGCCAAGGAACGAUUGUGCGCAGAGUGCUCAAGUGUGUGACCCUGAAGGUGCCAAUACCCAAGCUGAGGGCCCUCACACAAGAGACCUCGGCAAGCCGGGUGGCUGUUGGGAUAGAAGACCCCCAGCUCUCCUUGGAGAAGAGUGAAGAGGAGCAGCCGCCUCCUUCUCCUGACCUGGUACCACAGAGACCCUCAACCGGUGGGCAGUUGUAG